UGAAUUUUUUUUUCACUAAAUAAUGAUACAAACAAGAAGUAUCUUUUUAUAAAUAAAAAACCCUUACACCCCCAAAAUAUAAUUGUCUCAACUCUCACUCCUUUUGCCUUAAAUUUCUUUCUUUUUACAACAACCCGAAUCUAUACCAAAAAAAAAAACCAGACUCUUUGACAUUUUGUCGAACACUUGGACGGCAUUUGAGAAAAACGAAAAAAAGGUUCAACCUUUCAGAUUAGCAAUGGAGGAUUCGUCUUCGGAAAAGGAGAAGAAGGAAAGUAGUAAGCAGCCCGUGUACCGUGGAGUCCGUAUGAGGAGCUGGGGAAAAUGGGUGUCGGAGAUUCGUGAGCCGAGGAAGAAAUCGAGAAUCUGGCUGGGGACUUUCCCGACGGCGGAGAUGGCUAUGCGUGCUCACGACGUGGCGGCUAUGAGCAUCAAAGGAACCUCAGCCAUUCUCAAUUUCCCUGAGCUCUCUGACUUUUUGCCCCGACCCGUUUCGCUAAGCCCUCGCGACGUCAGAGCUGCGGCGACCAAAGCCGCUCUCAUGGACUUCGACACGACGCCGCUUCGUUCCGAGGCAGAGACGAGCGAAACGACGACGGAUAAAAGGUCGGAGAGCAGUGAGACAGGCGAAACGACGUCGAACAAGAGUAGUGAGAGUAGCGAGACGGCGUCGUUCUCAUCGUUCUCUGUGACGAGCAUUGAGGAAAGUGCAGUAUCGGACGACCUGGAAGAGAUAGUUGAGUUACCGAGUCUAGGCACGAGUUUAAACGAGUCGAACGAGUUCGUGUGUUUUGACUCGUUGGAAGAGUUAGUGUACAUGCCUCCUUGGUUAACCGGUACGGAAGCAGACGAUUUUACGUAUAACAACAAUGCUUCUUCUUCCUUGAACUCUUCAGUUUUCGAAUCUUGGAAACACUUUCCCUGAAUACCCAAACAUAUAACAUAUUUUUCCCAUAAUAUGUUCUCUUUUUACUUCUUUUUUUUUUAAGAGGGAGGUUUAGUUUUGAUGAGAUUCUCUCUGUUUUUGCUUUGAGUGAGAUAUCUCUCUCUCUCUAAGGAGAUGAUGAUGAUGAUGUUUGUGGAAUUAGAUAACUUUUUUUUUUUAUGUUCUUCUUCUUCUCCUACUCCUAGUCAGUUAAGUGUGUAUAUUUUGCUAUGGGUUUUAGCCGGGAAUAAUGACUUUGUAAC